AGAAUAUUUUCGGUUCUCUCUUGGCUUUGUUGCCUUUAUGAAUGAUAAUAAGUUUGCUAUUAUUUGUUAUAUACCUAUGUAUGUUCUUUUAUGUAACAUGGUGUCUCAAAUGGUGGCUGUUACUUAUAUUCCCAGAUUAGAUGCCGGUAAAUCGUACUAAUAGUAUCUUAUAUAUUCUUUUGUCGACCCUCCCCAGCCCGAACAAACUUAGGGAGCUGGUGGGAAAGAGUGAAUUCCAGUGAGUAACGCAAAAAUUAGUGAAAUUUGGCCUUUGAGAAAAGUUUACAGAAAGUUAAUUUUUUAUUUAUUUAUUAUUUUUUUUUUCGGAAAUUUUUGGGGUAGGAGAGCAAAUGUGACUAAAUCAUGGGCUCUCAAACCUAACUUCCGCAACCCCCCCCCCCCUUAACCUAACCUAAACUCAUGGAGCUGCACCCCUCUUGAUACCCUUAACCCAGCAUAACAGGGCCUACACCCUAAUCAAAUAGGAGGGCUCUUCCCUCUCAAUACCCCCUGACCUAACCUAAGAGGCUGGCUGCACCUCCCUCAAAUCCCCUGACUUAAUCUAACUUAAUUUAGCCUAACCUAAUGGGAGGUGGGGGGACUAUGCCCCUCUUGACCCCUCCUGAGCUACCUAACCUACUUUGACAUUAUAACCUAGCCAGGAGGCAAGGUGGCGUGUACACACUAUUGCUUCACAUAGUGUCAGGGCCAGAGUACACAAAAUUAGAUAAAAUUUUAGAAUAGCAAAAUAUACAAAUAUACAAUGGUUUGCCAAGUACUCACAAAAUUAUGAACUUGAGGCAGUAGGUGUCUCCUCUGGGAGGUUUGAACUAUCAGGGUUGUACAGAAAAGCAGCCUCUUGAAGAGAUGUGAAAACACUUGUUAUGGUCAGUAUUAGCCAUAACAUCAUGCCUCCAUUGCACAGGUCAAUACACACUGCGUUGUGAUUGGCAGAUGUAACGUCCAACAUACAAACACACACGUUACUCUGUGUGCCUUCAUAGGAGCUUCAUCUGUAUGGACAUAGAAUUUGUGAGGCAUUUUUAAAGAGCCACUGUGAACACACCACAGACAACCGCAAAAUAAAACUACCACAAACAUGUUGUACAUUAAGUACCUCAUCACUAUACGUGAAUAUUUUGCUGCUUCAUUAGGAGAUGCUAUUUGUUAGAUUAUCCUAGAUGCCUGCUUCUCAAGUGUUUACUAGAUGUGUAUUAAUAUAUACUGUUAUCUGUUUUGUUGCACGGAGGUGCUCAAGGCCUUGAGGUGCUCCCAAUAGUUUUGUCUUUUCUGUGACUGAAAUAGAAGAAAAGCAAGUAAGUCCUGCACAACUUUUGGAAGACAAGAGAGAAGGAACAGAAAGGAUACAAGUCUCUUGGAGCUGCUAUUGCAAAGCUCAAGCUCAAAUGUACAUCUGAACCUAAUUGACAUUGACAGAGGAAUAUAUUACAGCAAACCCUUCAGUGUGUCCAGCCAGUGAGGGAGGGCGUCAGGCCAGCACAGGAGGACUUGUAAUCCUUUAUAUACAGUGCCAUCUUGUGGGGCUGAGAUGCUUGUCCCCUGCAGGAGUGUCUUCAACAUUUCAGUAUGUGGAGGUCAUAUGCACAAGUGGCGAUUCUACAGCAGGAUAAUGCAACACCUGCAUGAUGAGGAGUACAGGCAGGCUAAACACCUCACUGGGCUGCCCAUCAUUCAUCAUGAGAAAUAUGUGUGCCCCCUUCCCCCCAACCACCGAUUCAAGAUGAUGAAGUUCCAUUAUCUGUAUGAGAUCCUUUUAAGAGAUGGUGUCAUAAAAAAAGAUAAGCAGGUAAUACUGCCUCAGAAAGUAAGCAGAGAACUUGCAUCAGCAGCACACUCUCAGCUUUACGUGGACAGGUUCUUUGAUGGAGAAACAUCAGCCACGGAACAACGGGCAACAGGAUUUGUUUGGACGCCAGGACUGGCCAGCCGAGUAAGAUAUGAAACAGGUGGGACUUGUCUGGCGGCCAAACUGAGCCUGGAAUGUGGCCUGGCAUGCAGCACUGGUGGAGGCACUCACCAUGCCUUCCCGGACCAUGGCUCAGGCUACUGCCUUAUCAACGACCUGGCUGUGGCAGCGUGUCACCUUCUGCAGUCUGGAAUGGCCGAAAAAGUUCUAAUAGUUGACUUAGAUGUCCAUCAGGGUGAUGGAACAGCAGCUAUAUUCCAAAAUCAGCCAGAUGUAUUUACCCUCUCCCUCCACUGUCAAAACAACUUCCCACUUCGGAAGCAGAAGAGUGACCUUGACGUGGGACUGGCGGUGGGCACCGGCGACAAGGAGUACCUCAACACCCUUGCUGAAUACUUACCAAACAUCAUGGAUAGUUUUCGACCUGAUAUUAUCCUCUAUGAUGCAGGAGUAGAUCCCCAUGAGAAGGAUGAACUUGGCAAAUUAAAACUGAGUGACAAUGGGCUUUACCUACGUGACAUUUUUGUCCUGAGAGAAGCAGUGUGCAGAGGCAUCCCAGUCACCACAGUAAUAGGGGGCGGCUAUGACGAGAUAAUGAGACUCUCAGCAAGACACACAAUCAUUCAUCGUGUUGCCCAGCAAAUGUGGAACACUUAUCUCUGACUAUUCUGUCUAUCCAUCUACCAUUAUGCUUGUUCACUCUGCCCUUCUCUCUAUUGUAGUGGUAGUUCCUUGAAACUAAUGAGCCAGAAGAGGCUUCACUUAUUCCUGUAUAUAUCUUUCUUCCUUGCACACUUCAGUUCUUCCACUUAUUUCUUGUCCCUGUGACAACUAUCAUAAAAUGGCCCUCCAAUUUGGUAGAGAUCUUCCUUUCACUAAGUAUGUAUUAUGCCUUAUUGGAACAUGUAUUUUAUGAUUUUUUAUGAAAAAUAUGUAAAUAAAAUUAUACAAACUAAA